AUGAGGCCCGACGAAGAAGAUGUCACGAUUCGAUCUGGCAAAUCUUCAUCAGUGUACACAAGGAUAUGGGCCUUCAUCGCCAUCGUCUUCAUCAUUCUAUUCCUUCUAGUUUUAGGCGCCGCUAUUUAUUUCUACAUCAACUAUAAAGACAGUUCCGAUGUGUGUCUCUCUCCGGGAUGUAUCAAAACUGCAUCGGUGAUAUUAUCUUCCAUGAACGCUUCCAUAGAUCCAUGUGAUGAUUUUUACGAAUUCGCAUGUGGACAAUGGAUCAAAGGGCAUCCGAUACCAGAUGAUGCGCCCAGUGUUUCAAAUUUCGAAAAUCUGGGACAAGAUUUGGAAUUUGCAUUAAAAGAACUCCUGGAAGAAGACGAAGAGCCAUAUGACUACGAUGUAUCAGCAGUCGGAAAAGCCAAAUAUUUCUAUAACCUGUGUCUGAAUGAGUCUGAAAUCCUGGACAAUUGGCGACGAACAUUCGAUGAAGUCGUCAAAAGUUUCGGAGGAUGGCCAAGUCUGGGACACCCCUUAAGCCCGGAUGCUAGUAUUGAAAUGUUGUAUGCGGAUAUGGUUGCCAAAUUCAAAGCCGAUAGCCUAUUCAAAGCGACUGUGCAGCCAGAUGAUAAGAAUUCGCAGAGACAUGUUUUGCUGAUCGACCAACCACAGCUCAACCUUUUUGCUCGCGAUUUUUAUGUGGCUGCUGAGAAUGAAGAACGUAUGGCGUAUUUGCAAUUGAUACGAGAUGUUUUAAUUCUUCUGAACGCUGAUCGAGCGAGAGCGACACGAGAUGCAGAAGAGAUCAUUCAUUUUGAGACUGCGCUGGCUAAUAUCACUAUGGCCGAUGAGCAGCGCCACGACAUUUCUGAGCUCUACACUAAAGUCACUCUUGGUGAUAUGAAAAUUUCACUUCCACACUUCAACUGGCACCUGUUUUUCAACCAUAUGUUUAAGGAUCUUCAUGAUAAGAACGGUCGCCAAAUCACAUUCGAUGAUGAUACCGAAAUCGUUGUCUAUGGAUACGAGUUCCUUCGCCGGCUGGAUUUGCUCAUCCCAAUGUACGAUGCUCGUCUGAUUACCAAUUAUCUGGAGUGGUGUUGGUUUUUCAAGACAAUGUUGAGAGAUCUUCCAGACCCAUUUGCAUUGACCAUUUUCAAGUUUUAUAAAACUUUGAAUAUCAUGAACGUUCAAAAAGUGCGGUGGCACGGAUGUGUGACACGGAUCAAUAGCCUAAUGCCGAUGGCAACUUCAGCGAUUUAUGUGAAAAAUCAUUUUGAUCAUGAGGCCAAGCAACAGGUAGAAGAAAUGAUUUCGCUCAUCAUGGAGUCCUUCGUCGACCUAUUGCUCAGCGAAGAUUGGCUCACAAAAGAAACCAAGCAGUUUGCAAAACAAAAAGUCAACGAGAUGAAGCGAAAAAUCGGGUAUCCAGACUACCUAAAUGAUCCGUCGGCUGUGAAUAAGGAAUAUAUGACUUUUACUGUCUACCCAGGGCACUAUUACCAAACGAAAUUCAGUUUCUAUGAGCAAUACCAACGAGAUGUUCUGGAAAGAAUCACAGAGCCAGUCGAUCGGGAAAGAUGGGUAGCUGGAGCCGCGCUGGUCAACGCAUUCUAUAGUCCAAAUACGAAUGAGAUCAUCUUCCCAGCUGGAAUUCUCCAACCUGUUUUCUACAGUAAGGAUUUCCCAUCCUCAAUGAAUUUUGGUGGCAUUGGAGUGGUGAUUGGACACGAAAUCACUCAUGGAUUUGAUGAUAGAGGACGCCUCUACGACAACUUGGGAAACAUUCGUCAAUGGUGGGAUAACGCAACAAUUUCGAAAUUUGAACACAAGGCUCAAUGUAUUGAGAAACAGUACUCGAGUUAUGUUUUGGAACAAAUCAAUAUGCAAAUCAAUGGAAAAUCGACAAAAGGAGAGAAUAUUGCUGAUAAUGGAGGGCUGAAACAGGCUUAUAGAGCCUACAAAAAAUACGAAAAAAUGCAUUCACGCCCGCCACGACUACCGGGAGUCAACCUGACACAUGAUCAACUCUUCUUCCUGAACUAUGCCCAAAUCUGGUGUGGAACCAUGAACGAUAAGGAGGCGAUUCGCAAAUUGAGGACUUCAGAACACUCACCGGGACCAAUCAGAGUCAAAGGUCCCCUGUCUAACAGUUACGAUUUCGCCAAAGCCUACAAUUGUGCACCAGGCAGCCGGAUGAAUCCACAUGAUAAGUGCCGUGUCUGGUAG